AUGGCUGAAGGUAUCAAAGCCGGAGUGUUUCGACGAAACAACACAAAGCCUCCGGCAGACGGACCAGUCAUGCCGCUGUUUUCUCUCGCCGGCAAGACCGCCAUCGUGUGCGGCGCCGGGCAGGGAAUUGGACUAGCAGUAGCCAAGGCGCUCGCCGAAGCGGGUGCCAACGUGGCCAUCUGGUAUAACACCAAUAGCGGGGCUAUUUCAGAGGCUGAAGCUAUCGAAAGGACCUAUAAAGUCAAAUGCAGAGCGUAUAAAGUAGACGUUACCUCGUACAAAGAGUUGGAUGCGACGAUGGAAAAGGCUAUCAGAGAGUUGAACGGCCGUAUCGACGUGUUCGUGGCGAACUCGGGUGUUUCCUGGGGAGAUGAAGCGUUUAUCGAUUCUGACAUUGAGAGAUACCACGAUCUCAUGAAGAUCAACACUGACGGAGUUGUAUACUGUGCCCAUGCCGCUGGCAGACAUUUUCGAAGGCAGAAGCAAGAGGGAACCACGAUUGACGGGUCUAAGCUCGACAAUUUUGAGAGCGGUAGCUUCAUCGCCACGGCUAGCAUGUCUGGACAUAUCGUCAACAUCCCUCGGCGUCAAGCCGUUUACAACGCUUCCAAGGCCACUCUCAUUCAUAUGUGCAAGUCCCUCGCGAUUGAAUGGCUCGGAUUCGCUCGUGUCAAUAGCGUGUCUCCUGGAUUUAUCAACACUGGCAUAUCUGGGCCAAUCGCGGAGGAGAUUAUGAGUGCUAUCAUGGACAAAGUCCCUAUGGGGCGCUUUGGUGAAACAGUGGAGUUGAAAGGGGUGUAUCUGUUUCUUGCUUCAGAUGCCUCCACAUACGUGACCGGAACGGAUAUCCUUGUUGAUGGUGGUUACACUGCUCCUUAG